AUGUCGGAACGCAAGGUGCUGCAGAAGUACUUUCCUCCGGACUUUGAUCCGUCCAAGAUGGUCAGGCAGAGAGGGCCCAAGAAGACGGGCCCUCUCUUGCAGACCGUCAGACUCAUGGCGCCCUACAGCAUGAAGUGCACUGCUUGUGGAGAGUUCAUCUACAAAGGCCGCAAAUUCAACGCCCGCAAAGAGACCACCGACGAAAAGUACUACGCCAUUACCAUCUACCGCUUCUACAUCAAGUGCACUCGCUGCUCCCAGGAGAUCACCUUCAAGACCGACCCCAAGAACAUGGACUACGAAGCCGAAAAGGGCGCCAAACGCAACUUUGAACCUUGGAGGGAGGCCAAGCUGGCAGAAGAGACGGAGGAAGAGAGGCUGGAUAGACUGGAGCGUGAAGAAGCUGAGCGCGACGCCAUGAAGGAACUCGAGACAAAAACUCUGGACGCAAAGACUGAGAUGCAGAUCGCGGAUGCCCUGGAUGAGAUCCGCACACGCAACGCCAGGAACGAACGCACUGCCAAGGACGGAGCUGAAGUCACGGUCGUGGACAAAGUUGAUGACGAAAGAGAGAGGCAAGAGGCAGAAGAUGCCAAAGCAGCAAGGCUCGCUUUCCUGGCAGGUACGGGCGAGAAGGUCAGAAGACUGGUCGAAGAUACUGAGGAAGAAGGGACUGGUACCGCUUCUGCAUCUACUACUGCUACAACAAGUACAAAUGUGCCCAUGGGUACCCCACCCAUCCCAACCUUCGCCCGCAAACCAAAAAAGAAGACGGAUUUCAGCGCAAAACUGGGUAUCAAAAAGAAAUCACUCGUAUGA